AGAGAGAGAGAGAGAGAAGGGUGGAGCUCUCUUUCCCUCCUCAGUCUCUCGGGCUGAAUAAACCCUCUCAGGAUGAACAGAUGAACAGAAUGUGGAGAGAAAGAGAGAUGGAGGAUUAGUGUUUAUUUUUCACUCCUGAAGCCUGUAAGAGGAAGUGAAGUGAAGUGAAAGCCGGCGUCUCCUCUGGGAUACGAGCUGGAGUUUUUCUUACCAGCAUGAUGGAGUGACUACACACACACACACACACACACACACACACACACACACGCAGAGAUGGACGUGGAAAAAAAUGAGCUGGAGUUCAACACGUUUCAGUUCCUCAGAGAUGGAGGAAAAACAGGAAGCUGAUGAAACUCACCUUUUCUGUGAUCUCGGAGUGCAGCAUAUCUACACAUGGUUGUUGCCGUGACGAUGUGUGUGUACGUGUCUCCAUUGGUGGUGGCCGGCAUCGUCAUCGGCCUCGUGCUCUUCCUCUCCCUCAUCAUCAUCAUCAUCGGCAGCAUGAGGAAGAAAAAACACUCACACCUCAACACCGAUGCUGCAGACGGAUUUUCGUUCGGAGGUUCGACAGGUGAGCUGAGGUCGGAGUGUGUAGAUGAAUUUCCUCCUGCGUUUGACUUUGACUCGUACUCGGAGUCGAUCCCCAUCCCACAGAUCAGCGCCAUUUAUCCUGACGCACCGCCUCAGUAUGAUGAGUGUGUGGGACGACAUGCGACGCAGAUAUUCACGCCUACAGAUGAUCCGCCGCCGUACUCACACACCUCACACACACACCCCUGCAGAGAGGGGGCGGAGCUUCCUGAAGGUACUUCCUGGUGGUCAGCGCACGCACAUGCAGGUUCCCAUCAGCCAAUCAGAUUGCAGGACGUUUCCUCCGUGUUUGUCUUGUCUCUGGAUGAGCUGCCGCCGUACGAGGCCGUGAUGGAGCAGCAGAACCGAACCAUUCCACUGAUCGCCAACGAAGACGUGAAACACACCGCCGGAUGAACAGACCGCGCCGCUGAUAAAACACUGCGUGAGAACGUGUGUGCGGCUGACUGGCGCCUUUGGAUGACAUCAUCAUGUGAUCACAGAACAUCUUCAGAAUAGGAUUUGAUGAAAACACACGUUUGCUAAAACUUUGUAAAAGAUAAACAGACUUUAUUUACACACCUUUAUUCCAGAUCCAACGCUGAGGACCAAAGACAUGAUUAAUGACGGAUUAUCCGAGUCUCAGAUGUGUUAAAAUGCUCUCUCUAUCUCUAUCUCUGUCUCUCUCUAUCUCUCUAUCUCUCUCUCUAUCUCUCUCUCUGUCUGUCUCUCUCUAUCUCUAUCUCUGUCUCUCUCUAUCUGUCUCUCUCUCUCUAUCUCUCUCUCUCUAUCUAUCUCUCUCUCUCUAUCUCUCUCUCCGUCUGUCUCUCUCUCUCUCUCUCUCUCUCUCUGUCUGUGUUUCUCUCUCUCUCUCUCUCUCUCUCCCUAUCCCUCUCUCUCUCUCUCCCUAUCCCUCUCUCUCUCCCUCUCCCUAUCCCUCUCUCUCUAUCUGUCUGUCUCUCUCUCUCCCUCUGUCUCUGUCUGUCUCUCUAUCUCUCCCUCUCUAUCUAUCUCUCUCUCCCUCUCUAUCUCUUUCUCUGUCUCUCUCUCCCUAUCCCUCUCUCUCUCCCUCUCCCUAUCCCUCUCUCUCUCUCUAUCUGUCUGUCUCUCUCUCUCCCUCUGUCUCUGUCUGUCUCUCUCUAUCUCUCCCUCUCUCUCUAUCUCUCUCUCCCUCUCUAUCUCUUUCUCUGUCUCUCUCUCCCUCUCUCUCUCUCUGUCUCUCUCUCUCUUUCUCUGUUUCUCUCUCUCUGUCUGUGUUUCUCUCUCUCUGUCUGUCUCUCUCUCUCUAUCUCUCUCUCCCUAUCCCUCUCUCUCUCCCUCUCCCUAUCCCUCUCUCUCUCUAUCUGUCUGUCUCUCUCUCUCCCUCUGUCUCUGUCUGUCUCUCUAUCUCUCCCUCUCUCUCUCUCUAUCUAUCUCUCUCUCCCUCUCUAUCUCUUUCUCUGUCUCUCUCUCCCUAUCUCUCUCUCUCUGUCUGUCUCUCUCUAUCUCUCUGUCUCUCUCUCUCUGUCUGUCUUUCUCUCUUUCCCUAUCCCCCUCUCUCUAUCUGUAUCUCUCUCUCUUUCUCUGUCUCUCUCUCUCUCUGUCUCUCUAAUCCAGAAGCACAUUCUUUUUGGAUUUUUCUCAAUGACUGCUGUUUAAAAUUCAUUUUAAAGUCUUUUCUAUAAAACACUUUAUUAAAACACUUUUUUUUUUUUUUACUUCUGCAGCUAAUUUGUAGGAAAUUCACCAAAAAGUCAACAAAGCAGAAAAAAAAUCUAUAAAGUUUUUAUUCAGUGGAAUUAUUUCACUAAUGCGUUUAAAUAUCUACACUUGCUAACAGAUCAGCAAACAAUCAAAUUUAUCACUAGUCUCUUUUUAUCUAUUUAUUUUCUUUAAAAAUUAAAAUACUGGUUUGUUAUUUAAAUUUAGCAAAAACGUAGGAUGUUUUCACGUCAGUUUAGAUGAAGCUAAAACGCAAGGACAUGAAAAAUGUGUAAAACAGCUAAUCUCAUGUUAGCAGAUUAGCUAACUUCUGAGUAAAAAUGAAAUUAACAUCAAUUUACAUCGAAAAGAAAUAAAAAUUAAAACGAUAUCUGAUUUAUCUGCUUUGUUUUGCAAAUGCCGGCGUCUUGAGAAACGAUUUUUAAGCUAAUUCUAGCUGCUGGUGUCACAAGACAUCGUCAUGCUAGCAGAGUAUUUUUAGCAUAUUAGCUGUUCUAUGCUAACUAGGCAACAAAAUGCUAUAAAUCACAUUCAUUAUAUGUAAACAUUAUAAACAUUCUAAACAUUAUAAACGUUAUAAACAUUAUAAAUGUUAUAUAACCCCUCAGUGUAACGCUAGCUAGCUUACUGAAUCGUGAGUUAAUGCACACUACGUAACUUUAGCGAACAUUUUUACUCCUUUUCUACAGACAGUUAAUCAGUAAUAAAUCAUCCAGAGACACAAUAAAUCACUAUUUACAAAUAUUAUUAAAUAAUGCAUAUAUUUUAAUAAUAUAAAUCACACGUGUGCUAUAAUUCUUUCUGACUGUUAAAGAACAAAACUGUAUUUUUCCUCUAUAAAAGUGUGCUUGAAUUUUAUGAUAUUUAAAUCUGAAAGUGUUCUAACGUUAGCGUUUCAAAUCGGUUAAAUUUCGAGCAGCUAGUAAUGUGUUUGUAGACGCUGAACCUCUUAUUAAAAGUUAUUUAUGAUGUUUAAA